GCAGGCAGCCCACUGUCUUGGUGUUACGAGCACGUACCACCAUAGGGAUACACAGUCACAAUGCCACAAUGAUAGGCAUCCUAUAUCUGCACACGGGUCGCAUAACCCCCCCUUCUCACUCCAUUCCGCCAGCACAGAAGCUCCGUAUCGGUCUCCUGUCUCUUCAGUUUAGACCUUUCGGGUCCCCCGGGGUCCGAACCUGCAGAGUUGAACCAGGUCCCCAGGGGCCCACGAUCUCUGGCCUCACGGAUCUAACGGUCCCGCCAGUCGUGAUGAAAAUUUCGAGCUCCCGCGAGAAGAGUGACAGGCCGCUAGGCCCUCUGGGAAAUGUGGUCCAGAGUUGUCCCCAAGGCCGAUUCCUCUCAGCGCCCUUCCUGGACCCACCCGAAACGACUGCUCCUUCAAUUCAGAGGUCUGUCUCUUAUAAAGAGCAUAUUGCUGGGCUUUCCCCCCUUUUAUCCUGUUUGACUUAUUUUAAUAGACUUUUGGUGUUUCUAUUGGUUCAACCUGAGUUGCUGAGUCUGAGUUGUCUUCCAAACUCCUGCUAUCUCAGUAUCUCUGCUUGGCAUUCUCCAGACUCUGCCCUUUUCCAGGAAGAAGAGGAUAUGGCCAGUUCUCUUGAAACAGUGACAUUUAAGGAUGUGGCCGUGGACCUCACCCAGGAGGAAUGGCAGCAAAUGAAACCUGCUCAGAGGAACUUGUACCGUGAUGUGAUGCUGGAGAACUACAGCAACCUAGUCACAGUGGGUUGUCAAGUCACCAAACCAGAUGUGAUCUUCAAGUUGGAGCAGGAAGAGGAGCCAUGGGUGGUAGAAGAAGAACUGCUUGGGAGGCACUGUUCAGAAGUUUGGAAAGUUGAUGAGCAGAUCAAGAAGCAACAGGAAACCCUUGUGAGGAAUAUCACAUCCAUCUCCAAGAAAACUCUGAUUAAGGAAAAUGUCCUUGAAUAUAAAAAUGUUGCAAAAGUAUUUCCUCUGGACUCAGACAUUGUUACUUCAAGACAAAAGUUCUACGAAUGUGACUCACUUGAUAAGGAUUUUGAACAUAGUUUAGACUUAUUUAGUUAUGAGAAAGGCUUUAUGAAAAAGAAAAGUUAUGAAUGUAAUAAGUAUGGGAAACCAUUUUACCAUUGCUCAUCCCAUGUCAUAACCCCCUUUAAGUGUAAUCAGUGUGGACAGGACUUUAAUCAUAGAUUUGACCUCAUCAGACAUGAGAGAACUCAUGCUGGAGAGAAACCCUAUGAAUGUAAGGAAUGUGGAAAAGCUUUCAGUAGGAAGGAAAAUCUUAUUACACAUCAAAAAAUUCAUACUGGGGAAAAACCAUAUAAGUGUAAUGAAUGUGGAAAAGCUUUCAUUCAGAUGUCAAACCUUAUUAGACACCAGAGAAUUCAUACUGGAGAGAAACCUUAUGCAUGUAAGGAUUGUUGGAAAGCCUUCAGUCAGAAAUCAAAUCUCAUUGAACAUGAGAGAAUUCAUACUGGAGAAAAACCCUAUGAAUGUAGGGAAUGUGGAAAAGCCUUCAGCCAGAAGCAAAAUCUUAUUGAGCAUGAGAAAAUUCAUACUGGUGAGAAACCUUAUGCAUGUAAUGAAUGUGGUAGAGCUUUUUCUCGGAUGUCAUCUGUUAAUCUACAUAUGAGAAGUCACACAGGGGAGAAACCCUAUAAAUGUAAUAAAUGUGGAAAAGCCUUCUCUCAAUGCUCAGUAUUUAUUAUACAUAUGAGAAGUCAUACAGGUGAGAAACCCUAUGUAUGUAGUGAAUGUGGAAAAGCAUUCUCUCAAAGUUCAUCCCUUACUGUACACAUGAGAAAUCAUACAGCUGAGAAACCCUAUGAAUGUAAUGAAUGUGGAAAAGCCUUCAGCCGGAAAGAAAAUCUUAUUACACAUCAGAAAAUUCAUACGGGAGAAAAACCUUAUGAAUGUAAUGAAUGUGGGAAAGCUUUUAUUCAGAUGUCAAACCUCAUCCGACACCAGAGAAUUCAUACUGGUGAAAAACCCUAUGCAUGUACAGUAUGUGGGAAAGCCUUUAGUCAGAAAUCAAAUCUCACAGAACAUGAAAAAAUUCAUACUGGAGAGAAACCCUAUCAUUGUAAUCAAUGUGGGAAAGCUUUUAGUCAGAGACAAAACCUCCUUGAACAUGAAAAAAUUCAUACUGGAGAGAAACCAUUUAAAUGUAAUGAGUGCGGUAAAGCUUUUUCUCGAAUCUCAUCCCUUACUCUUCAUGUUAGAAGUCAUACAGGGGAGAAACCGUAUGAAUGUAAUAAAUGUGGAAAAGCCUUCUCUCAAUGCUCAUUACUUAUUAUACAUAUGAGAAUUCACACUGGUGAGAAACCCUAUGAAUGUAAUGAAUGUGGAAAAGCAUUCUCUCAAAGAGCAUCCCUUUCUAUACAUAAGAGGGGUCAUACAGGUGAGAAACGCCGAAAACCUCAUAAAUGUAAGGAAUGUGGGAAAGCCUUUCAUUCUACCUCACAACUUAGUAAACACCAAAAGAUUCACAUGGGUGAAAAACCCUUUAAGUGUACAGAAUGUGGAAAGGCCUUUCCAUCUACCUCACAGCUGAAUUUACAUCAGAGGAUUCAUACCGAUGAGAAAUACUAUGAAUGUAAGGAGUGUGGGAAAGCCUUUACCCGUCCCUCACACCUUCUUCAACAUCAGAGAAUCCAUACUGGUGAGAAACCCCAUAAGUGUAAGGACUGUGGGAAAGCUUUUCGCUAAGACACACAACUUAGUCUUCAUCAGAUAAUUCAUACUGGUGAGAGAUGCUGUGAAUGUAAGGAAUGUGGGAAGGUGUAGAGUUGUGCCUCACAACUGAACCUACAUCAAAGAAUUCAUACCGGCGAGAAACCUCAUAAAUGUAGGGAAUGUGGGAAAGGUUUUAUCUCUGAUUCACAUCUUGUCCGACAUCAGAGUGUUCAUACAGGGGAGAAACCAUACAAGUGUAAGCAAUGUGGGAAAGCCUCUCACCAUGGCUCAGAAUUAACCAGACAUCAGAGAGCUCACACGGGUGAGAAACCUUAUAAAUGCAAGGAAUGUAAAAUGGCCUUUACUUGUAGCACAGAACUUAUCCGGCGUCAAAAAAUUCACACUGGUGAGAGACCCCAUAAAUGUAAGGAAUGUGGGAAGGCUUUUAUUCGACGAUCAGAACUUACUCAUCACGAGAGAAAUCAUAGUGGUGAAAAACCCUAUGAGUGUAAGGAAUGUGGGAAGGCCUUUGGCCAUGGCUCAGAGCUUAGUCGACACCAGAAAAUUCAUACUGGUGAGAAACCCUAUGAAUGUGAGCAAUGUGGGAAGGCCUUUAUUCGUGGCUCACACCUUAGUCAACAUCAAAGAAUUCAUGCAGGACAGAGGAGUGAGUGAAGAUGUGGGAAACCUCAAAAUUUGACAUCUGGGAAAAGGAAAUGGUAACCCACUCCAGUAUUCUUGCCUGGAAAAUUCCAUGGACAGAAGAGCCUGGUGGGCUGCCGUCCGUGGUGUGUCACAUGACCAGAGCACACACGCAGGGGGGGUUGGAGGGAGAUGGGUUGGUAGCAAUAAACAGGUAGAACUAAAAAAAAUAAAAAUUGACAUCUGGAAAUUUGUGCUAGUAAAACACAAAAGACUAUGUAAUUGUCAGGAAUGUGGGAAAGCAUUUAAGGACAACAGGUUAAUAUCACACUUCAUACUGUGGCUACGAGGCCUUUAAUUAAGGGCCAGAAUUUAACAUGUAUUACUGAUGAGAAAUCUUAUAACUGUUAGGAAUUGGGAGGGGUGUAUCUGUAUUUCAAAAUUUAUUAGACAUGAGAGUUCAGUUGGUGAAAAAGUAAAAAACUCCAUGAAGAUAAGCCAAGUGGGCGAUCUUAGAAAGGUAGUGAAAAUGUUAGAGACAGAAAUCAUUCUAACUUUUCUGAACAUGAAGGGUCAUUAGCCUUUAUGGGAAAUCAAGUGUCACAAUACAAAUAUGCAGAUGAAACAUCUAUCUGCUAAAAUUAAC